GGCUGAGAGAACAGAGGUGCUCAGUGAAGACCUGUUGCAGAUCGAGAGGCGGCUGGACGCCGUGAGGUCCGUGUGCCACCUGGCCCAGAAGAGGCUGAUUGCCUGUCUGCAGGGCCAGCAUGGCACUGACCCCGACAAGAGACACAAGAAGCUUCCUCUCACAGCCCUGGCUCAGAACAUGCAGGAGGGCUCCAUCCAGCUGAGUGAUGAAACUCUGCUGGGGAAAAUGCUGGAUACCUGUGGGGAUGCAGAGAAUAAACUGGCAAUGGAGCUCUCCCAGCAUGAAGUACAGAUUGAGAGAGAAGUCAUAGACCCACUGUGCCUGCUGACAGAGACAGAGAUCCCAAACAUUCAGAAGCAGAGGAAGCAGCUUGCAAAGCUGGUGCUGGACUGGGAUUCUGCAAGGGGAAGAUACAACCAAGCCCACAAGACUUCAGGAACAAAUUUCCAAGUGCAUCCCUCAAAAAUAGAAUCUCUUAAGGAAGAGAUGGAUGAAGCUGGGAAUAAAGUAGAGCAAUGCAAGGACCAGCUGGCUGCAGACAUGUACAGCUUUGUGUCCAAGGAGGGGGAGUACGCCCGCUGCUUUGUCACGUUAUUAGAAGCACAAGCAGAUUACCAUAGAAAAGCAUUAGCAGUCAUAGAAAAGGUCCUCCCCGAAAUUCAAGCCCAUCAAGACAAAUGGACUGAAAAGCCAGCCUUUGGAACCCCCCUGGAAGAGCACCUGAAGCGCAGCGGGCGGGAAAUCGCAGUGCCCAUCGAAGCCUGUGUCAUGAUGCUGCUGGAGACUGGCAUGAGAGAGGAGGGCUUGUUCAGAAUUGCUGCUGGAGCCUCCAAGUUAAAAAAGCUGAAAGCUGCCCUGGACUGUUCCACGUCCCAGCUGGAUGAGUUUUACUCAGAUCCCCACGCUGUGGCAGGUGCCUUGAAAUCCUAUCUGAGGGAGCUGCCAGAGCCUCUCAUGACCUACAGCCUGUAUGAGGAGUGGACACAAGCUGCCAAUGUUCAGGACCAGGAUAGGAAGCUGCAGGACUUGUGGAGGAUUUGUAACAAAUUACCUGAGCAUUACCGAGUUAACUUCAGGUAUUUAAUCAAAUUUUUGGCCAAGCUUGCCCAGAACAGUGACGUUAACAAAAUGACGCCGAGCAACAUCGCCAUAGUCCUGGGCCCCAACUUGCUGUGGGCAAAGAAUGAAGGGUCCCUGGCUGAGAUGGCAGCAGCCACCUCGGUGCACGUGGUGGCAGUUAUUGAGCCCAUCAUCCAGCAUGCAGACUGGUUCUUCCCUGGAGAUGAAGAUUUCAACGUGUCUGGGGCCUUUGUGGCAGUUCCUGCUGUAAAUUCCAAUCACUUGUCACACACUGGGAAUGACUAUGAAUGUGGGACCCUGGAGAGGAAGAGGCCCCUGAGCAUGACUGUGAUGGAAGGGGAUUUGCUGAAGAAGGAAAGCCUGAGGAUGGCUCAGAGCACCUCCAAGGCCAAGGAGAGCACGAGUGCAGCCACUCCUCCCCCGGUGAGGAACGGGCAGGCAGCCCCAGCCCCAGCCCCAGCCCCGGGCCAGGCAGCGCCCAGCAGCUCCCAGCUCGCUGUCAGCCAGCCCCAGAACGCUGCUGGGCCCAGUCCCCACGCCCUGAGGAGAGCUAUGAAGAAGCCUGCACCAGCCCCCCCCAAGCCAGCCAACCCCCCCCCGGGGCAGCCAGGCAGCCAAAGCUCUUCCCCAGCUGCUCAGCCUCCUUCUGUCUCUCCCAAGCCCCCGGGCAGGA